CGUCAAGAUAACCAGCGGCCUAAUCCCGCGAUUCGCACUUCACCUCUCCCUCCUGCUCCAGCCCGGCCAGUAGCCACCGGGUGAGAGUGAGAGUGUGAGACGAGAGCUAGCUAGCUUCUUCCCGCAUCACUCAGACCACCAACUCCCCACGCCGGCGGGCGGCUGCGGAGGCAGCACCAGCCGAAUUCCGGCGCUCACAAGGAUGGGGCUGCUGUCGCACCGGGUGGAGCGGUCGGAGCUGAAGCCCGGCGACCACAUCUACACAUGGCGCGCCGCCUACUCCUACUCCCACCACGGUAUUUACGUGGGUGGUAGCAAGGUGGUCCACUUCACAACGAAGAAAGAGGCGGGAACGGCCGGCCUGGACUCAGCCGUGGCCAUGUCCAGCCUCAUCUCCGGCGGUUCCCCGGAGUGCCCGACCUUCCCGGACUGCGGCUUCCAGCUCCCGGAAAGCGGCGUCAUCCUCACCUGCCUCGACUGCUUCCUCCGCGACGGCUCCCUCCACGGCUUCGAGUACGGCGUGCCACCCGCCGUCUUCCUCGCCAAGCUCCGCGGCGGCACCUGCACCACCGCCGGGUCCGACCCGCCGGACGCCGUGGUGCAUCGGGCAAUGUACCUCCUCCAGAACGGGUUCGGCAGCUACGACGUGUUCGAGAACAACUGCGAGGACUUCGCGCUCUACUGCAAGACCGGGCUGAUCCUGCCAUCCGAGGCGGGCAUCGGGAGGAGCGGUCAGGCGGCCUCCGCCGUCGGCGUGCCGCUGGCGGCGCUCUUCUCGACCCCGUUCAGGCUCAUGUCAGGCGGCCCGCUGGGCAUGUUCGCCGUCACGGCGGGGAUGUACUGCGCCGGCAGGUACAUCACCGACAUCGGCGUGAGGAAGGAUGUUGUGAAGAUCGAGGUGGAGAAACUGUCGGCGCAUCUCGGCUGGCGCCGCGCCAAGGCCGAGGAAGAGUCGGUGAAGAAACAGCAGCAGCCCGGUAAAGUUGUGGUGACGAGGCUGCUGCCGUUGAAGAGGAAACGUGGCUGUGAUUUACAAUUGCAGCCUGUGAAAUGAUCAGGAGCUACUAGCGGCUAUUGUGCUCCUUUGAGUUUGGUCCGUGUCGAUAGUUUGGAGUUUCUACUUUGCAGAAAUAAGCCAAUAAGGCCAAAUAGUAUAGUAUAUAGAUAUCCAAGGGUGAAGUGUGCUUUGAUAUAGUUAAGAAAUUUUACUUUUUGCAUCAUCACCUCAUAUUGUCAAUGAGUUUGCAUAGUUGGACGACCAUGUUAUAGUUGGUUAGGUUCACAUAUAUUGUCUGCAUUUGCUCUGUGAAUUGUCAUACAUCAAAUUUUCAAUAAAUUGUCUUUAUAAUAAAGGCUUUUGACUUUGUA